AUGAGUGAAAAAUACUCUAAGGAAGAGCUAGAUAAUUAUUAUGAGAUAUACUAUGAAGAAUGGAAAUAGUUAGAACCCAUCAGUAACGGAACAAGUUUUGCUUUAUUGAACUUGAUAGGAGUUUAAAUAGAAAAUAUUGAGCUAUUUUUAAGAAAAUGCAAUAGCUUCAUGGAUCCAUCAGGAGCAAGAAGACUUGAUAAUAUAUUAAAUAUGUUUGAGUUUAUAAAUAGUGGAUAAGACUAAUUAACUAUAAGAUUUCCUAUCAUAACAAUUGAUUAAAUUAUAAUUGAAUCAGAUACUCAUAUGCAAUAUAUUAAAACAGAUAAGAUACCUGAAGAUCUUAGAGAAGUAUUUAAAUAUCAAUGUGUGAUUUAAUAAUUUUCAAUAGAUAUUAGAGAAAUUGAAAAGGUUAUUAAAUUAAGAGGAAACGAGCUUGUUAGAAUAUACAAAGAGCUUUUUGAAGAAAGUAUUUACAUCGAAAAUACAGUCAUGAAUGAAGUGUUUUUAGAAAAAUAUUAUCCUGAAACAUUUUUUAAGCUUAAAGGUCUAAACAUCAAUCAUAAUUGUUGA